GAAGAAGAAGCGGAACAAGGAGGAGCCGGAGCGGAGCGAGCCGCAGUCUUUCCUUCAGUCUCGGAGGAAGAUGGCGGACCCAGAAGCAGCGUCGGGGAAGAAGAGAAGAAGCAAGAGGGUUCCUGAUGAAGACGUCGGGGAGAUCCAGCAGAGCGGAGACUUCCUCAUCAAGCCGGAGUCCAAGGUGGCCUCUCUGGACACGUCCCAGUGGCCCCUGUUACUGAAGCAUUUUGACAAACUGAACAUCCGGACGGCUCAUUACACUCCUCUAGCGAACGGAAGCAACCCCCUGAAGAGGAACAUCCAGGACUAUGUCAGGUCGGGCUUCAUCAACCUGGACAAACCGGCCAACCCGUCGUCUCACGAGGUGGUGGCGUGGAUCCGGAGGAUCCUCCGGGUAGAGAAGACUGGCCACAGCGGGACGCUGGACCCCAAAGUCACCGGCUGCCUGAUCGUCUGUGUGGAUCGAGCCACGCGAUUGGUCAAGUCCCAGCAGAGUGCCGGUAAAGAGUAUGUGGGGAUCGUUCGGCUGCACAAUGCCAUAGAGAGCGAGCACACCCUUGCCCGGGCAUUGGAGACGCUGACGGGCGCUUUGUUCCAGCGGCCGCCGCUCAUCGCCGCCGUGAAGCGUCAGCUCAGGGUUCGAACCAUCUACGAGAGCAAACUGAUCGAAUACGACCCUGAGAGGAGAUUAGGUAUCUUCUGGGUGAGCUGUGAGGCUGGAACUUACAUCCGGACUCUGUGUGUGCACAUGGGUCUCAUGCUCGGGGUUGGCGGUCAGAUGCAGGAGCUGAGGAGAGUCCGGUCCGGAGUGCUGGGAGAGAAGGACCACAUGGUGACGAUGCACGACGUGCUGGACGCGCAGUGGCAGUUUGACCACAACAAAGACGAGACGUACCUCCGGAGGGUCGUGUUCCCGCUGGAGAAGCUGCUGGUGUCCUACAAGAGGCUGGUGAUGAAGGACAGCGCGGUGAACGCCAUCUGUUACGGAGCCAAGAUCAUGCUGCCGGGUGUCCUCAGGUACGAAGACGGCAUCGAGAUGAACCAGGACAUCGUGGUCAUCACGACCAAGGGGGAGGCCAUCUGCACAGCCGUUGCUCUGAUGACCACAGCCGUCAUCUCCACCUGUGACCACGGCGUCGUGGCCAAGAUCAAGAGGGUCAUCAUGGAGAGGGACACGUAUCCUAGGAAGUGGGGUCUGGGUCCCAAGGCGAGCAAGAAGAAGAUGAUGAUCCAGAAAGGACUGCUGGACAAACACGGGAAGCCCAACGACAGCACGCCCACCGACUGGAAGAGCCAGUAUGUGGACUACAGCAUCUCCAAGGCGACAGCAGAGUCAUGUGACGCGUCAGCAAAGAGGAAGAGGGAGGCGGCAGACAGCGACGGCGACGUGCCCCCGGCACCCAGCACGCCGCCGGCAGAGGACGUGAAGAAGAAGAAGAAGAAGAAGGAGAAAAGAGUGAAACUGGAGGAGGAGGCACCUGAGGAGGCGGAGCCUGAGGAGGGAGGGGCUGAGGUUUUAAGUGCCAAGAAGAAGAAGAAGAAGAAACUAAAACACGGCGACGAGGCAGAGUGACAACAGUGGAUAUACAGGUGAACAGGAAAGUGAGACUCCGCCCCUCACCUGUCUGAAUGCAACACCUUCAGGAGUUUUAGAAAAAUGGACACAAAGAAAAGAGACUAUUUUUGUUUUUAUAUACAUUUUAUUGUGUUUUUCUUUCUACUGUAAAUACCUGAACAGGAAGUCUGUUUGGAAUUUGAAAAUAAAAGUUGUUUUUCUGUA